GUUUUACCUUCCCGAUCGAGUCGCGUGUGCACGGGAACCAUGCGCGCUUUUCAAGGGGGACGAAACUAACCUUUUCACCUCUUUUGGGAUGUGAAGAAUUUAGCUAGGCUACUCGUAUGUGUUAUUUAGAUGAAACAGUAUUUUGAGUAAAUAGUUAGUUUUGUUGAUGAACUCUGCAAAAUACACAGAGUAUAGCUGUAGUUUUUGCAGCGGGUUGUAGCCUACGUGCGUUCUGGACGGUUAACGAACGUGGAUCAGCAGACGGGGCACGCGACUUGAGUUGUUUAUUCUAACGUUUUACAAUACUACCGUAGGCUUCGAGGAGGAUUAGCCUAAGUAGGAAACCGGGAAACCUGGGCAAGGUGGGGCAGAACCGGAGACCGCCAACGGGAUUAUUGAAAAACUCACGUUGCCUUGAAGCUUCGCACUGUAGUCGAACCACCGCAGCUGCGCAGCGUUUUGGGGAAACAAUAUUUUUCUAACCCAUUGGAAUUGGGGAAGCUUUAUUCCCAACUCCUUGGUGAUUAGUCUACGCCUCAAGUAGCCUAGGCUACAGAGAGCAGAACAGUUUGUAUUUACAAAAACGUCCGUUUGUUGUGAUUAUUUGCUUUGGAACAUACGUUUCAGGACGGAUUUGGGGGGAAUUAUUUCCCCAGCCUCGCUGGACCAUGGCGGACGACGACGUACUGUUUGAAGAUGUGUACGAGCUGUGUGAGGUCAUUGGAAAGGGUCCGUUCAGCGUGGUGAGGAGAUGUAUCAACAGAGACACAGGACAGCAGUUUGCUGUGAAGAUUGUAGAUGUGGCCCAGUUUACUUCCAGCCCUGGACUCAGCACAGAGGAUCUGAAGAGAGAGGCCAGCAUCUGCCACAUGCUGAAGCACCCUCACAUCGUAGAGCUGGUGGAGACAUACAGUUCAGAUGGCAUGCUCUACAUGGUCUUCGAGUUUAUGGAUGGAGCAGACCUGUGUUUUGAGAUCGUGAAGAGGGCAGAUGCUGGCUUUGUGUACAGUGAAGCAGUGGCCAGUCACUACAUGAGACAGAUCCUAGAGGCACUACGAUAUUGCCAUGACAACAACGUCAUCCAUCGAGACGUGAAGCCCCACUGUGUCCUCCUGGCGUCUAAAGAGAACAGCGCUCCAGUGAAGCUGGGAGGGUUCGGCGUGGCCAUCCAACUGGGAGAGUCAGGACUGGUGGCUGGAGGUCGUGUAGGAACACCCCACUUCAUGGCCCCAGAGGUGGUGAAGAGGGAGCCUUAUGGUAAGCCAGUAGAUGUGUGGGGCUGUGGCGUCAUCCUCUUCAUCCUGCUCUCUGGCUGCCUGCCCUUCUACGGCACAAAGGAACGCCUGUUUGAAGCCAUCUGCAGAGGCAAAUACAAGUUAAACCCCAGACAAUGGGGCCAUAUCUCAGAGAGCGCUAAAGACCUGGUGAGACGGAUGCUCAUGCUGGACCCUGCAGAGAGAAUCACUGUCUACGAGGCACUCAACCACCCCUGGCUCAAGGAGAGAGACCGUUAUGCCUAUAAGAUCCACCUGCUAGAGACGGUGGAACAGCUGAGAAAGUUCAACGCCAGGAGAAAGCUCAAGGGAGCCGUACUGGCAGCAGUCUCCAGCCACAAGUUUAACUCCUUCUACGGAGAUCCACCAGAGGAAAUGCCUGACUUCUCUGAAGACCCCACAUCCUCGGGGGCUGUGUCUCAGGUGCUGGACAGUCUUGAGGAGAUCCAUGCGUUGACCGACUGCAGUGAGAAAGAUAUGGACUUCCUACACAGUGUCUUCCAAGAUGAGCAUCUACACACACUACUAGAUCUUUAUGACAAGAUCAACACCAAGUCCUCCCCCCAGAUCAGAAACCCCUCUAGCGAUGCUGUGCAGAGAGCCAAAGAGAGCUCCACCCAAGACGACGCAAGUGCCGCUUUGAAACACCUGGAAUAUGUAUUGGAAGAGAUCUCUUGUUACCCGGAGAACCACGACGCCAAGGAGCUCAGACGGAUACUGACCCAGCCGCACUUUAUGGCCUUGCUCCAGACCCAUGACGUGGUGGCCCAUGAGGUGUACAGUGAUGAGGCUCUGAGGGUCACGCCCCCGCCCACCUCGCCCUACCUGAACGGAGAAUCUCCCGAGAGCACCAACGGGGACAUGGACCUGGAGAACGUGACUCGAGUACGCCUGGUGCAGUUCCAGAAGAACACUGACGAACCUAUGGGCAUCACGCUGAAGAUGAACGAUCUGAACCACUGUAUCGUAGCCAGGAUAAUGCAUGGAGGAAUGAUCCACAGACAAGGAACACUGCAUGUAGGAGAUGAGAUCAGAGAGAUCAACAGCAUCAGUGUGGCCAACCAGACCGUAGAGCAACUACAGAGGAUGUUGAAAGAGAUGCGAGGCAGCAUCACCUUUAAGAUAGUGCCAAGCUACCGGACACAAGGAUCCUCCUGUGAGAGAGAGUCCCCCUCCACCUCCAGGCAAUCCCCUGCCAAUGGCACUGGUCACUCCAGUGUUAACAGUUCUAUCUUGGAUCUGCCGUCUACCAUCCAACCCAAGGGUCGACAGAUCUAUGUGAGGGCCCAGUUUGAGUAUGACCCCUCCAGAGAUGACCUCAUCCCAUGCAAGGAGGCCGGGAUUCCCUUCCGGGUUGGUGACAUCAUCCAGAUCAUCAGUAAAGACGACCACAACUGGUGGCAGGGCAAACUGGAGAACACCAAAAAUGGAACUGCAGGGCUCAUACCCUCACCAGAACUCCAGGAGUGGCGUGUGGCAUGUAUAGCCAUGGAGAAGACUAAGCAGGAGCAGCAGGCCAGCUGUACCUGGUUUGGCAAGAAGAAGAAGCAGUACAAAGACAAGUACCUGGCCAAGCACAACGCAGUAUUCGACCAACUAGAUCUCGUCACGUAUGAAGAGGUUGUGAAACUGCCUGCGUUUAAGAGGAAAACACUAGUCUUGUUAGGUGCCCAUGGAGUGGGCAGAAGACACAUCAAGAACACACUCAUCACAAAACACCCUGACAGAUUUGCCUACCCCAUCCCACAUACGACCAGACUUCCUAAGAAGUACGAGGAGAACGGGAAGAACUACUACUUUGUGUCACAUGACCAGAUGAUGCAGGACAUCAGUAACAAUGACUACCUGGAGUACGGUAGUCACGAGGACGCCAUGUACGGCACGCGGCUAGAGACCAUUCGCCAGAUCCACGAGCAGGGACUCAUCUCCAUACUGGACGUAGAGCCACAGGCCUUGAAGGUCCUGCGGACAGCAGAGUUUGCUCCCUACGUUGUUUUCAUCGCCGCGCCAACCAUCACCCCUGGCAUCAACGAGGAUGAGUCAUUGCAGCGUCUUCAGAAGGAGUCAGAGAUUCUUCAGAAGACCUAUGCCCAUUACUUUGACCAGACCAUAAUCAACAACGAGAUAGAUGAGACCAUCAGACACCUAGAGGAGGCUAUAGACCUGGUCUGUACCACUGCACAGUGGAUCCCUGUGUCCUGGGUCUACUGAGGAUAGGAAGGAACACCUUCUCUCCUCCCCUCUGUGUCUUUCUGGGUCCACUGUACCUGUAUAGACCCCCCCCCCCCCCCCCCUCUCCCCUCCAAUGACUCCUCUCUUUCUCUCCUCCCUCCUCCCUUUCUCACUGGCGAUGCAUCUCUGCGAAAACUCCCAUCAUUCCUUCGGAAAAGAAAAGCACCUCAACCAAUCAGAAACCUCUGUGUACUGCACAUGACCUUCAGCAGCCAAUCAAACUCUGCCCUUACAGACUACCUAGCCGUAGUGUUGUAUAAACAAAUAAGUAUUGUCAUGUCUGUAUUAUCUAGGAGGCAACAUUUUUGCAGAUGUUUGUUUUAAAGAGACAGUACUGUAUCUCCUCCCCAGUAGUGCACUGCAGCCUUCUACAUCAUGUGACUGUCUGUGCCCCCAUCAGCCCACCCAUCAUGGAUGUUGUAGUUCUUAGCUGUCCCUCUGUUGUAGUUCUUUCCCUGCACUAUAAUUACUGUUUGUGGGUAUUCUCUUCCUCUCUCUCUGGACAGACUGAAGAAAAACACCACAACCUCCUUUUAUCUGGAUGUCAUCCUCAACACCUUUUAUUUAUCUGCUCCUUUACUCCUCUCCUUUAUUAGCCAUUAUCGUCUACUUCAUUCACAUCCUCUUUCUCUGUCACUCUCUUAUUGUUCAUGUAGUUCAGUUUCAUCUUGGUUCAUUUUGACUGUACAUGUUAUUACACCCGAGUGGCACAAGCUACUUCAUCUCUGCUAGAGGCGUCACUACAGACCCUGGUUCGAUUCCAGGCUGUAUCACAACCGGCCGUGAUUGGGAGUCCCAUAGGGUGGCCCACAUUUGGCCCAGCAUCGUCCGGGUUAGGCUGUCAUUAUAAAUAAGAAUUUGUUCUUAACUGACUUGCCUUAAAAAAUAUAUAUAUAAAAACCCUAGCCACCCCCUUCUCCCCUUCAUACACAUACUCAGACAGGGUACUGUCUCUUCUAAAUGAAUCCAUAAAUGUUUUAGACAUUUGAAUGAGGUCCCAUGCAUGUUGGACAUUCGCAAGCUUCCAUUCCGUCUGUCCGUGUUCCCCCAGUGUCCUGCUGUAACAUCCUCCCAACUGAAAACCAACAUUCCACACGUCUGGAAGACUCCACUUGACCAAGGGAGGAAGCAAGGGGAACAGGAAAUAACCAACAAAAAGAACCUUGACACCUAUGCACAUACCUUGGCAUUUCAGAUGACAUUUCUAAAAACAGAUUUUUCCAAAUCGACCACGGUAUCAAUGUGUUUAUAAAAACAAAUGUGUGGUAGAACUUUAUAAUAACGCAUUUAAUGGAUUAGUAAAUAGUUUACAAAGGUGGGAGUAAUGAUUCACAAAUGAAUAAAUGUAAGUAACCUAGUUAUUCAUACACAACUUUAAGUAUUUAAUGAUUCAUAAGAUCAUAAGUUGUUUAAAAUAGGACCUUAUAAACCAUUUACUAAUUAUUAGUAACUCUUUUUGCAUGGCCUCAUCUAAAGUGUGGGCUAUUUAUACUUUAUAAAUACUUUGU